AUGGCUGUUGUGGCAUCAGCGGCAGAAUCUGCCUCCACUUUUCCAAAAGGCAGCUCAUCACUUCUAAAGGAGUGGACUAGAAGAGGCCUGCUGAGAAACUCGGCAUUUGAUGGGGGAGGAGGUGAGGGUGAUCAGGGGGACUACGAGGAGGAUUUUCAGACCUUCUUCAAUUCAUCCUCGAACGGCAUCAGCACAACACCUUCUCCAGUGCAGGACAUCCUCGAAGGUGGUGGUGGUGGUGGUGGUGGUGAUGACCCACUGGGCAGCCCCCAGUUCACCCUUCGCUACAACCUCUGGCUGACGGUCUUCAUCGGCGUCUGCAUCGCCAUCUGCAUCGUCAUCACCAUCCUCGGCAAUAUCCUCGUGCUGGCGGCCUUCCUCGUGGAGCGGUCCAUCCGCCAGCCGUCCAACUACUUCAUCGCCUCGCUGGCCGUCUCCGACCUGUGCAUCGGCAUCAUCAGCAUGCCCUUCUACGCCGUCUACGAGCUGAUGGGUCGCUGGGACCUGGGCCCCAUUCCCUGCGACCUCUGGCUGGCCACCGACCACACCGUCUGCCUCGUCUCCAUCUACACCGUCCUCGCCAUCACCGUCGACCGCUACUGCAGCGUCCGCCACCCGACCCGCUACCGAAACUGGCGCACCCGCGGCAAGGUCCUCUGGCUGAUCGCCCUCACCUGGGUCAUUCCCUUCUCGCUCUUCUUCACCUCCAUCAUGGGCUGGGAGUACUUCAUCGGCUACCGGGACCUGGAGCCAGGCGAGUGCGCCGUGCAGUUCCUCAAGAAGCCGCUCUUCAACACCCUCCUCGUCAUCGGCUAUUUCUACAUCACCAUCGUCGUGCUCUUCGUCCUCUACGCGGGCAUCUACCGCACCGCCAGCGACAUGGCGAAGAAGGCUGAUCAGAAGCAGCGGAAGAUGCAGCAGUCGCUGGCGGGCACUCACGAACCGAGCACCAAGCAGACGCAGCUGGAGGUGUCGCCGCAGACGGCAGAGGGAGGAGGAGGAGGACCUGGAGGAGGAGCUGGAGGAAAAGGAUUGGUGGUGCUCAAGAAGCGACAAGAGGAGGAGGACUGCUCGGAGGAGUUUUGUAGUGGUCCUGGGGAUGUCUAUCGAAAGGCAGCCAAGUCAGCAGGCAAAUCGGUGAAGGUGAGCAGCUGGCGGCCGUCCAGCAACUCCAACGAAGGCGACGAGGAGGACGACUUUGACGAUGAUGAAGAGGAGGAGGAGGAGGAGGACUUUGAUGAUUAUCAUCGACAUUCUGCUAAGCACGGCCCACAGCCGCACCACUCGCCACUGCCGCUGCCCAUUCCUAGCUCGGCGAAGAAGGCGGCCAUCAUCACCACCACUACCACCACCGCCAACACCACUUCAUCCUCAAAGGGCAAAGGAGGCAGCAGCAGCAAGAAGAAAGGAGGCAACAAGGAGACGACCAGCGACGACCCCGAUCGUUCCAGUUCGCCCAUGUUUGAGUCGGAUGAGGAGUCGCCGCUGGGCCCGGACGAGGACUCCAGUGAGGUGGUCGUCGAGCGACGUCCGCCUACCAAGUCCAAGUCAUCUGAACAGCGAAAGGGAACUCAGCGGUCCGGCUCGCGGGAGCUGGUGAACGGUUCUAAAGGCACGUCCACUCCGAAGGGCUCCUCCCGUUUCGGGCGAGGGGGCAGCAAAAAGUCCUCCAAGUCGAAGCUCGACUGCGGCGGAAAGCUGGUCCUCUCGACGGCGGUGAAGAAGGCCGUGGAGGCCUCGGUGCCGCGUAAGAAGUCCAAAUCGGAGAACCGGGCCCGUAAGGCGCUGCGCACCAUCAGCUUCAUCCUGGGCGCCUUCAUCAUCUGCUGGACGCCCUACCAUAUUCUGGCGCUGUGGGAGGGCUUCUGCGGCAGCAGCGGCCCCUGCGUCAAUCGACACAUCUUCUACUUUACCUACUUUCUCUGCUACGCCAACAGUCCACUAAAUCCGUUUUGCUACGCACUCAUGAAUCAGCAAUUCAAGAAGACCUUCAUCCGCAUCCUCCGCGGACAUCUACACCGAACCUAA